AUGAAAAAAUGUCACAAUACAGUAGUCCUAAAAGACGAGUUUGUUCCCGAAUUCUUCUUUGUUUGCUACUGUCUGUCGGUUAUGUCCUGCCACCAAAUCCCCCUUUUAGCUCAAAAUGGGAAGAAAACGUCAAGUGCCCAGGAUGUCGAUUACAUAGCAGAAGACAUGGUUGAUGUAUUUAAACGUAACGUAAAGGAUUAUUCCAAAACAGUUCGUUUUGCUCCUGAGAUAUAUUUGACUUCAACGGGAAGUCUAAUAUUCCAAAACAAGAAAAAAGCCGCGAUUGAAUAUUAUUAUUACAAUAUACAACAGAAAGAGAAGUACAAUAAACUAGUAGAAGCAUUAUCGGAGGCCUUCUUUGUUGCAGCCACAGCGGAUGGGAUGAGUGAUGAAGAUCGAAUGAAAAUAUUUAGCAGUUGUUAUCCUUCAAUUGAGAAGGAAAACAUUUUGAUUAUUUCGUUGAAUCGCUUUUUCAGUAAUUAUAAAGUCAUAAAGCCUAUUAUGAACCAUGCAUUCAUCGAUUCGAUGACAGAUCCUCCUUCUAGCUCAAAAUGGGAGGAAAACAUCAAGUGCCCAGAAUGUCGAUUACAUAGGAGAAAACAUCAUUGCAGGAACCUUGCAAAGCUUUCAGAAAAAGUGAAAAGUUUUUUUUUUGGCAACAUCCUUUAUGAUAAAAAAUCCGUUAAGUACCCCCCUAAACAUGAAAUAUAUAAUGUAUUUGAACGUGACGUAAAGAAUUAUUCAAAAAAACUUCGUCUUUUUCCUAAGGUAUAUUUGACUUCGCGCGGAAGUUUGAUAUUCCAAAACAAACAGAAAGCCGCCGUUGAAUAUUUUUAUUACAAUAUACAACAGAAAGAGAAAUACAAUAAUUUAGUAAAAGCGUUAUCGCAGGCCUUCCAGGCUGCAACAAUGGCGAAUGGAAUCAGUGAUGAAGAUCAAAUGAAAAUAUUUAGCAGUUGUUAUCCUUCAAUUCGUUCAUGGAAUUUAUUGAUAAAGAACCACAAAAAAAAGUGGAUUCAAAUUCUUACAGACAAGCUAAUAAUAUAUAACUUGGAAAAAAAAGAACAAAUAAUAAAGAGAACUAAAAUACAUUGCAGAGAUUGCAAAUUUUCUCAUCCUAGAGGAUGCGAAAAUAUAGACAGUGUUUGUAACUCGAAUGGGGAAAAUACUGUCGCGGAAGAAUAUCCCAACACAUUGAGUAAUAUAGAAGCUCAACCUUUUCAAAAUAUUACCAAAGUUGCAAAUAGGGUGAAGGAAUUCCUUUUAGACAUCAUCCGUUGUAAUGACGAAGCGAUGGUGUAUCGGCCAGAAUCUGUAAAAAAUGAUUCAUAUGCAGCAACGAAUGAAGGAAAGGACAACAAGCACCAACUCAAAAUAUUUGAUGUUUGUUACCCGUUAAUUUUAGAGCAUUCAAAGGUAAAUGAAACUGAAUGGAGAAAACGUUUCCGCAAAUUAUUGAGUGGGAGAAGAAUAUGUCUACUAGAAUUUGAAUACUUCUUAUCGAAUUGGAAUAAUUUUUGGGAUUCACUGAUAGAAGACAAUAUAGAAAAAGUGGACUAA